AUGGCAAUGACUACCAUUAACCAUGAGAUCAAGUCCUCCAACAUCUCAGCACAAAAAAUGUUCAAGGCUGUGGUCCAAGAAAGCAACACCACCUACAUGACCGUCUUUCCUCAACUGAUCAAGACUAUCGAGACUAUUCAAGGAGACGGCGGCCCUGAAACAAUACUCAGGUUCUACUUUAUUGAUAGUGGUAAACAUUUCCCUCUUUGUGUUUUUAUUUCGUCACAAUUGUUUCUCUGCGGAUCGAGAAAUAGGAGAAACGAAAAAAGUAAGAAAUAA